CAGCUACCUUACAUAAGGUACUUCACCCAUCUUAAUUCCGAACCCUCCAUUCAGACAGCAAAGCGGAGUGUGGUACAAUUUUUUGUCUCAUUCCUCCUGGUUCUUCAUCUCAUGUUCUUGCUGUUUUUUUGAAUAAUUAAUUACCCACCAACCUUAUUGACCUAAUUCCUUCAUUGAUCUCGUUCACAAUCUACGGCUAGGAAAUAUUCAAUUAGAUACCUAGUCACAGCAUCCCCAAAUGGCUCUCGUGCUAGUUCCCAUCGCCGGCGCAGCAGUAGUUGCCCUGGUCGUCUUUCUCCUGGACCGCCUUCUCAACCUUCCGCACGACCCCCAAGAGCCGCCACUGGUCCGGCCAAAGAUUCCCUUGAUCGGCCAUGUAAUUGGGCUGCUACGCCAUGGGACCAGGUAUUACUCAAUGAUUGCAGAGGAGUGCAAGCAGCCCAUCUUCACGCUCGGGGUGCCCCGCGGCAAGAUGUACAUUGUGACGUCCCCGGGCCUGAUCGCGGCCUGCGACCGGCGGUCCAAGGUGGUCUCCUUCGCCCCCUACGUCGUCGAGUUCGGCAAGCGCAUCCUGGCCGGCAGCGAGCACAGCGUCCGCCUGCUGUCCGAGGACCUGCUCGAGGAGAAGGAGGAAGCCAAGGGCUCAGGUGGCGACGGCAGCAGCAGCAGCAGCAGCCUGCGCCCAGAAACGAUGGCGGCCAUGCACCGGUCGCAAGCCCCCGGCGAGCACCUCGACGCCCUGAUGCGCGUCGCGCUGCGGAGCGCGGCCACCCAUAUCGACUCCAUCAUCGGCGAUGCCGCCGCCCAGGGGGCCGCUGGCGUUCCUCUGUUUGGGUGGGUGCGCCAGUUCAUGACGAGGGCCGGCACCGAUGCCGUCUAUGGCGAAGAAAAGAAUCCGUUCAGGGAUCCCGAGGUUGCGGAGAGCUUUUGGGCGGUCGACAGGGACUUUGCGCUUCUCGGGCUCAUGGUGCUGCCCGAUCUUCUCGCACCCAGAGGGAGCCGGGGGCGGAAACGGUUCUUCCGGGCCUUCCGCGAGUACUACGCCUCGGGCGGGUUGGAAACGGCAUCCUACCUCAUCAAGGCGCGCUACGAGGUCAACAAGAAGUACGGCGUCUCCGACGAGGACAUCGCCCGGUUCGACCUCGGCGUCUGCACGGCCCUGCUCGUCAACACGGCGCCCGCCGUCGGCUGGACCCUGUGCCACGCCUACUCGGACCGCGCGCUCCUGGCCGAGCUGCGGCGCGGUAUCGACGCCGCCGUCUUCCCGGGGGGCGCGCCCCAGACCGCCGCAGCAGUAGACGUGACGGUCAACAUCUGCGAGGUCGCCGAGGCCCUGCCGCUCCUCGAGUCGUUCGUCAGGGAGGUGCUCCGGGUCCAGAGCAACAGCGCGUCGGCCCGGUUCGUGCUCCGGGACACGGUCCUCGACGAGGGCGGCGGCGGCGGCGGCGCGGGGGGCCGCCGCUACCUGGUCAAGGCGGGCUCGUUCCUCGGCAUGCCGUCGGCGCCGGUGCACAGCGACGAGGCGGUCUGGGGCCCGACGGCGCGCUCGUUCGACCCGACCCGCUUCCUGCCGGAGAGGCAGAAAGAGCGCAAGGUACCCGCCUCGGCGUGGCGCACCUUUGGCGGCGGCAACGCCCUCUGCCCCGGGCGGCACCUCGCGCUGCGCGAGAUCAUGAGCGUCCUGGUCAUUAUGGUGCUGAGGUUCGACCUGGAGCCGUGCGAGGACGGGGGCCGGUGGGAGAUGCCGGCUAAGAGGCACCACAUCUCCACGAGCAUCCUGACGCCGGUCGACGAUAUCCGGGUCAGGGUCCGGCCGCGGAAGGAGUUGGCGCGCGUAACGAGCUGGAACUUUGUGUGGGAGCCCACCGCGCCCAAGGAGUAAUUAAUU